GGCUGACUUAUUUUGCCGCAUACAAAACAAUUCUUAUUGAUAAAAGCAAAACAAUUGAAUUGAGUAUGUUUAAAUGUUAAUAAUGUUCAGUUGAUUGCCGCCAGCGUAAAAUGCCAGCUUAUCAUUCAGAGAUCGAGGAAUUCCAGCGGAAAGUGGGUAAUAUGGCCAUUUUGCCGCUGCGAACAAAAGUACGGGGGCCAGCGCCCAGUGUGAAUACUGAUAACGACAUCAUUGAUGACUCACUGAAUUAUUUCAAAGCGAACGUUUUCUUUCGCACAUAUGAAGUUAAGUCGGAAGUGGAUCGUGUUCUUAUCUACAUAACGCUCUACAUAACCGAAUGCUUAAAACGCCUCGAGCGUUGUCCCAACAAAGAGCAGGGCAAACAGGAUUUAUAUUCGUUGGCUAUAGCGAAAUUCUCUUUACCUGGCGACGCUGGUUUUCCAUUGAACUCGGUCUAUGCCAAGCCGGAUAAUGCCGAUUUAAUGCGUGAAUAUCUGCUGCAAUUGCGCCAGGAAACCGGUCUCCGAUUGCUGGAGAAGGUCUUUAAUACGGACGAUGGUAAACCGAAUAAAUGGUGGAUCUGCUUUGCUAAAAAACGCUUCAUGAACAAGAGUCUUUCGGGACCUGGAGGAGUACAUUUUGAUUAAUUGUUUGUUAGUCAAUAAAUUAUAAUUUUAGAUAAGAA